GCGUUCAGUCUGAGUCGUAGAUCCCACACACUAUGUUGAGGUGACGGAUACGGAUACGGAAUCGUCGGAGUGCGCGGCCUUUCAAAGCUGAAACUGAAUAGGAAUUUCUUUUCGCGUUUUCAUGCGUUUUUUUCCGCUUUUCGAGUGCCAAAAAUGUAAUGAAACAAAAAUACAAAAAGUGGAAUGAAAUCAAAAUGUACGCGCACAGCUUGGAUUAUUUUUGGUAAUUACAAAUCCAAAGAGAAAGUUAUUAAUAAUUAUAAAAACACUUCGGUUAAUUAUUGAGAAAUCGUUUAUUUUCGCUGGCCAUGUGCAAAAAUUAAGUUGGCCGAAAUUAAAGAGUUGGACGACGAUAGUAAAAUAUAACUGAUAAGGUAUCGUCUUAUCAAUUCGCUUUGUGAGUGUGUUUGUGUCGAUAGUGCAAAAAUAAAGAAAAAUAAAUAAUAAAAUUAAUCAGACUGCAAAAAACAAUUAGGUUCUGCUAGAAGCUGCGAAGUGGAAACAAAGCGCAAUAAGUUGGGAGGAAAUCAGCCAUUUGAAUCAUCGGAAUAUUCCAUUCAGCCAGAAUGGAGGCGCACGUGUGAGUGCCACAAACCGAGUGAAACCCGUUUCCCAGGAAGUGAGCAAUUGACUGAGAAGGAUGGCCUCGAUGCACCAGAAGCGUCCCAGCAUCAGCAACUGGUUCUCCUCGCUUCGACGUCAGCCCAAGAAUAAGAAGAGCUCCUCCGGUUUGGGAGGCAGCGGAAGUUUUGGCAGCAAACAGCAGUUGCAGAGGAGCUGCUUUGACCUUUCGUCGACGGCGGCAGUGGGUGGCGCUGUGAAUGUGGGCGUGGGUGUGGGAUUUUCCCUGGCCGGAUCGCCGGGAAGUCGACUAAGCAAUAGUACGUUUUACAUCAACCCUCUGAAUGCAUCCUCCGCUGGUGUCAAGGACGAUCGUCGCCGCCUGGUGGAAACGGGUAGCAGCAGCGGGAGUAGCUUGAGCAGCGUUUGCACUCGCUGUUUUUGCAAUCUGCUCGCGAAAAGCGAGCCAAACAAAGACAAUACGCCCCUGGCCACGCCCACACCCGCCCCAAAGGUCCCGCCGAAGCCGCCCGUCAAACCCCGCUCCCCUUCUAUGGCGCCUUUCACCAGCGUGGCGACAUAUAACAUUACCAACCUCUCGCCGGACAGCCCACCGCCCGCCAGUCCCUCAUUGAGCACUGAAACCGUGACCUGCAGCGAUGUGACCCACAAGGUCACAGAGGUGCAACGUCUGCCCUGCGAUGAUCCCACAACGGGGCUCUUUAGCAAACGAACUGAGUACAAGCACACCACCACCAUGACGACCACAAGGACCCUGAUUGUCUCGCGACCCGUGGAACUGCUAUUAAAUGAAAAGGGAGAGAUAAUCUCGAGACGAUCCCCGCGCAAAACGCGGUCUAACUCCUUUGGUUGCAUGCUGGAUGUGGACAGUGAACCGGAGACGGGAUUGGGAAUGGGAAUGGGCAUGGACAAUCCCGGAUUGCAGCUGGAAACGGAUACCAGUUCGGGACUCAGUUCGCCGCUGACACCCGAUGCCGGUGAUCUGCGCUUCAUUGACGACAGCUCAAAUUCACAGAGUGAAUCCGAGCGGAACUCGAUCAGUCACAACAACAACAACAAUAAUGUGAACCACAAUAACAACAACAGCGAUAACAGCAGCAAGCGGAGCAGCCAGCAAUCGAAUCUCUGCGAGAGUUGUCGCACGAUCCUCGAGCGAAACCGCAGCAAUGCGGAGGAGAGUGGGAAUCUAGUAAUCCUCAGGCGACCAGGAAAGCAAAUCAAAGAUGAGUUGGGCGAGGUUGUCAUGGAAAUGGAGGCGCUCGAUGUGCCCGAAGACUGCAAGCAUUCCAAUAAGGAUAAACAGAUGUCCAUUGGCCGCAAAAAGUUCAAUAUGGAUCCGAAAAAAGGCAUUGAGUAUCUGGUAGAGAACAGACUGCUGCGUCACGAUGCUCAGGAUGUGGCGCAUUUCCUAUACAAGGGCGAGGGUCUAAAUAAAACGGCCAUUGGCGAUUACCUUGGCGAAAAGAACGACUUUAAUGAGGAUGUUCUGAAGGCCUUUGUGGCACUCCACGAUUUCACCAAUCUCAUUUUGGUGCAAGCCCUCAGACAAUUUCUGUGGUCGUUUCGCUUGCCCGGCGAGGCACAAAAGAUCGAUCGAAUGAUGGAGACCUUUGCCCAACGCUAUUGCCAACUGAAUCCGGAUAUAUUUACCAACACGGAUACCUGCUAUGUGCUCAGCUUCGCCAUUAUAAUGCUCAAUACUUCGUUGCACAAUCCAUCGGUCAAAGACAAACCCACCGUUGAGCAAUUCAUUUCGAUGAAUCGUGGCAUAAACAACGGCGGAGAUUUGCCCCGAGGCCUGCUGGAGUCCCUCUACGAGUCCAUUCGAACGGAGCCAUUCAAAAUACCCCAGGACGAUGGCAAUGAUCUAAUGCACACCUUCUUCAAUCCCGACAAGGAGGGCUGGCUGUGGAAGCAAGGCGGCAGAUACAAAUCGUGGAAACGACGUUGGUUCAUUUUGAACGACAAUUGCCUAUACUAUUUUGAAUACACUACCGAUAAGGAGCCGCGCGGCAUUAUACCCUUGGAAAACAUAUCCGUGCGCGAGAUUCACGACCGUAGCAAACCGCACUGUUUUGAGCUGUUCGCUACUGGCGGUGCUGACAUCAUCAAGGCAUGCAAGACGGACUCCGAGGGCAAGGUGGUGGAGGGCAAGCAUACGGUGUACCGCAUGUCCGCUGCCACGGAGGAAGAUCAGCAGGAGUGGAUCAAGCGCCUGACUCAGUCCAUUAGCGACAAUCCGUUCCAUAACAUCCUAGUACAAAGAAAGAAAAAGGCGCUCAGCAAGAGUUAAUAUUAACACGGCGCAACUUUUGUCUUGGAUCUCAGUGAAAUUCUGCUAUGCGUGUGUGGCUGCUCUCUCCCCCUAUUUAAACAAGUGCAUAUUCAAAUCCUAGAUUAUAUAACUUAAACUUUGUGUGCGUGUGACAGUUUCCAUGUUGAACCAAUGCCUGUAAUUUGUUCACUUUGUGGUUUGCCCCUGUGCCCGAUUAUGUCCUUGUAUUCUGUUUGGUUGACUCGAAACAAGCCAUUACACGCUGACGCACUUCGAACCACAAACUUUGUCUCUAUUGUUGUGAUAUAAUUUAUUUACAUUAAGCAUUAACAAUAUGAAUGAUAUGAAAAAGAUGAAAAAUAACUGAAAAUUGCAUCAAUAAGAAAUACAAAUUUAUACACAUUUUCAUUAGUUCAAA